GAGCCAGCGAGCUGACGGAACACCAUCAUCACCACUCGCACUCUUGCUGUACCUCCCCGUUUGCAGCCAAAUUAAUUAAUUCCCCUUUUCAAGCGCCACCGUUGUAUUUGAUGCCAGUCAACAACCUUGAGUGAUCCGAUUGCAGGAAAAGGAGACGAGCCAUUCACUUCCAACAAGCAGAUUGUGGCUGUGUCCCAGAUAGGAAAUCCCAGGGAUUUAAUCCCACCCUUCCUCCAAGUCAAAAACCAACCCAAGCAGAUACAGCACACGGAAGUCAUCUCCCGAUCACUCAGAAAAGAGAAAAAGGAACCUGUUUCUUCCUUUGCAAACCCCCUUGUAAUGCAGUCUCGAUAACAAGUAUUCCGCUUGCUGCACCUUUCACUUUUGUUCACGUCCAAUGGCCAUUCUGGAAGUACUUACCUUGGAAGCUUUCUUACGUCCGCUGGAGAUUGAUAUCCAUAAGAUCCAUGGACUAGCGAGGAGCUUGGCUACGACCUACGAGCGGUUGGCGAGGGAGUCAAAGGACCAGUUUUUGUCGACGCCAAUAUCAGACUCCAUUCUAAGGCCGGAUGGUGAUACCGGUGGAAGGUGAGUUUACAUUAUACUUUUCCUUUAGGUGGUGAAGAGGGGAGUAGGGUCAUGUGAUGCAUUAUCCUAGUUGGGAUGUCUUGAGUGAUUGGGAGGAAAGAAGGUUAUCGUUAAUGCGAGUCUGUGCUGACGAAGUGAAUAGAUACCUCGCUAUUGAUAUGUGAGUUUUCACGCUUCUACAAACACUUUCUAGCUCUGACGUUGAAUAGUGGUGGUACAAACUUGAGAGUCGGUUUUAUCGAGUUAUUGGAACCUGAAGCAGAAACUGUUGGAUUGGAUAGCAUUUCAGCAAUAGCAAACGGAGAACCAAAAGAAACAUCACGUGUUCGAAGACAACUUGAGAAAUCUUGGCCUAUCGGAGAGCAAUUAAAACGAAAUAAAGCGGAGGAUCUUUUUGCUUGGAUUGGUUCAUGUAUAGCCGAAGUUGUGGGAGAUGGAUGUAAAGUAUGGGCUGGGGAGUUACCAGAAGAGAUCCCAUUGGGUGUUACAUUCUCAUUCCCAAUGAUGUUUGUUUUCCCCCCUUCAAGUAUUGCAUUUGUACUGAUACUGUAUAGCCAACAUACAUUAUCCCAUGCUACUCUCAUGUCAAUGGGCAAAGGCUUUGCUAUAACAUCAAACUCAGACCUUGGAAAAUUACUCAUUGAAGGGUACAAAAGUGUUAGGAAUCCCACAUUACGAACAAUUAAAAUUCAUGCAAUAGUCAACGAUUCAGUCGCAACACUAGUUUCCUUUGCGUAUCAACUUCGCAGUAAUCCAAAGCGAAAAGCCGCUAUGGGAUUGAUUGUAGGCACUGGAUGCAAUGCUACUAUCCCCCUAGCACUCAACAAACUCCAUGCAAGCAAGAGACCUGCACAGGUCAAAGUUCUCAACGAUAGCGCAGCCUCAGAUGAUACCAAAAUCACAGUCAACACCGAAUGGUCAAUUAACGGAUCAGCGCCAGCACUUCGAGAAUCAAACUUCAUCACCCGUUGGGACGAGGUGCUAGAUUCUCAAGGCGACACACCAGGAUUCAUGCCCUUCGAAUACAUGACAGCAGGUCGCUACCUAGGCGAACUAGGUCGGCUGAUACUCCUUGACUAUUUUAUCCACCACCUCGGAAUCGUAAGAAGAAACUUGCCUCCAAGUUUACUUGAACGACAUGGAUUAUCUACUUCCUUCCUUGGAAACUUGGGUCCCCAUUUACAACACAUAGAACCUUCCAUGCUACGCCAGUUAGAGAAAGAACUUCCUCCAGCCGAACAUGCAGAAGCAUUCCACUGGACUGAGGAAACGGCAGACGUGGUCUACAAAGUCGGUAAAGCGAUACAAGUUCGUGCCGCGGGAAUGACAGCAGCUGCCAUCAUUGGUCUACUAGCCUGCGCUGAUGAAAUAUCUCUUUCUCCACUACCUACACCCAAUUCGACGCCGGAGCACAAAAUUACCAAUGGAAAUCGUAUCUCGCCUCCAAACAAGAUUGAGGAAUUAAUGGUUGGUUAUACGGGAGGUUGUAUCUCUCAUUUCCAGGAUUUCCUCGAGGACUGUCAGCGGAUUUUGGAUGAGAUCAUGGACGCUGAGUUUGGAGAGAAGGUCAAUGGUAUUCCUAGGGUGGUUUUGACGCCUUGUCAUGAUGGCGGCAUUAUUGGUGCUGGGAUUUUGGCUGGAACCGUCAAGGUAAUCUCGAGUUCCUCUUGAGAGACGAGGAGUAUUUUUUGUUUUCUGCCUUGGUGUGUUGAGCCUUUGGAUUUUGGUUUUGGUGAUGGAUAGAUGAAGGGCCUCUUUUUUGAUAUGUUCUUGCUGGACUGGGAUGGCCUGGGGAGGGUUUUUGCAAACUGGAGCUUGGCUUUUUCUUUUCUUUGUUAGGGGGACCUUUUUUUGAGAUAGAUGGGUGUUAAGGUUUCUACUUUUUGCG